AUGCAUCGGAGAACACUACGCCGACUGCAACAGGUCGUGCAAAACCCACCUGUUGGUUCUGCCAACAUUCCUUCGCCCUACGCAACGGAAGGGGGCCACGUUCCCAUCUGGUCGAUAGUUAACGGAUUCGUGCAGAAACGCAACUGGGUGUUUCGCAACCCGGAGUGGUGUGAUCUCUGCAAGGAGCCGGUGGCCCUCUGGGUGAAUCACCACGGGCGAAAAGACCACGCUUUGAUGGAUAUGCACUACACGCAGAUGGUGGAGUUUCCACGCAGAUGGAAUCCAGAGGAAAUUCUAGCCGUCUUCUUGGAAGAAUUGGGGCUCUCGGUAGAAGCUUACCAGAAGUACUACGGCGGGUAUGAGCGGGAACACCGCAAUGAGCUUUACGCGAUGCUUGUGGCAUUAGAGGAGGCAAAGAUGCUUCACUUUGGAGAGCCACGAGAUACAUACUUGUACCGCAUGCAAGGUGGCCUCCGUGGGAUGGAUCACCAGGGGGCUUUGGUGCUGCAUCGAUACAUCCUUGGCCCCUUCAUGCGCAUAUACCCCAAUGGGCAUAUUCAAGACUAUUCAAACCUGGUGGACUUUGUGACUUGUGCGUACAACAUGGAGACCGUCUAUGAUUUAUGCGGCUUUUAUACACUGGAUAAAGUAGCGUUGAAGGCGGAUUACAAGCCAAGCUCCCCUGCUGCAUUAGGCCUGGGAGGCAUUGCGGUACAUUCUUCUGCCACACAUGGCUUCGCUCAACAAGCGAUGGAAAAACCACAACAAUCACCACAACCACAACCACAGCGACACAUGACAGUAGGGACCGGUGGCCGUAGCGCUGCCGAUAUGGAAGAGGAGGCAUUCUCAAGGAAGGCUGUCUUUGUUCGGCAACUUUUGGGCCAGUUACGCUGGUUGACACUGCCAGACGAAGAGCACCCUGCCGGUCACAUGUUUCCACAGCAUUUGAUGUUUCUUGGUGAAAUCUGCCUGAAGUCGCUCGUGGCUGAAAUUGUGGCGGCGCGAUUGUGUGAGUACAUGGUGCGUGUGGAGCCUGUCUGGCGGGAUCACGGAUACGAACGUGUGAAGCUUGACGUGGACAAAAUCAUGAGGAAAGAAAACGAUAUUCUACCGGAGCCCGUAAAGUUUUUCUACCGCCCCAUGUCGCCGAAGAUGGAUGAUCUCUACAGCACCAACCGGGGUAACUUGGAUGAAGCGCUGGAGAAGGCUGUGGUCGCACCAGUAUCGGGUAAGGGUGCGUAG